AACAUCAAGCCUAAGGGAAUAGGAACAGUUAGAAGAGACGCACCAAAAUCACUGACGUGUAUUUAGUUUCCUCAUCUUUCGUGCCGACUACGGUGUCGUUGGGUUUCAUCUGACCUGAAGAUAUAUCAUUUGCAUUGGCGCUGUUUGGUGUGUUUCUAUAUUUUAUUGUUGUUGUCUGUGUUUUUUUUGGGGAUCGUCGCCCAGAGGUUUCUGUAGCCGGUGGUCCUUCUGGGAACUCGUUUUGUCCAGUUCGGGUAGUGACAUUCUGUAUCGGAUUCAAUGUGUAUCGUUACGUUAACCCCCCUCCCCUUUUUUUUGCGAAGUUUGGAAGCAUAUUUUUCAACGGAGAUUGUGAUAAUUUGUGAAUGUAUUAGAUGUUUCUAAACUCACUGCAAGCACUUUCCCGUUUUAUUUGUGCCGCCACCGUUGUGUUGAAAACCCCUCUGUACGUCGCAUCAUGGGAAACGUCAGUAGGAAGACUGGAGCCCAGGUCCGUUGGAGACACCAAGCGUUCGCUGUCAGGUGCAGUUCCCAGGUGAUUUGGACGAAGGUGCGCCGUGCCAUGGCGUCAGUGUGUGUGGCUGUCCGUGUUCGACCCUUGAACCAAAGAGAAAAGGAAAUGUCAGCGAAGGUCAUUAUCCACAUGAAGGGGAAGACCAUUUCUGUAGACGGAAACAACAAGGACAUACACAAAGGUAUUCCUGGCAUUGGCCUGACGGACCGAGGAAGACAUUCAUUCUCCUAUGAUUUCUCCUACGACUCUACUGAUGUCGGAAGCCCCAACUUUGUGCCUCAGGAGAAGGUGUUUAAAGACUUGGGCUGUGAUGUCCUGAAGGCAGCGUUUGAAGGUUACAACGCCUGUGUGUUCGCCUAUGGACAAACCGGGUCAGGGAAGUCUUAUACCAUGAUAGGAAACCCAGGAGAUCUAGGUCUGAUUCCACGGAUCUGUGAUGGACUCUUCUGUCACAUAUCAGAGAUGGACCAGGUGGAUGGGGCCUCCUACCGCAUAGAGGUCAGCUACCUGGAGAUUGAUAAUGAGCGUGUACAGGACCUCCUCACGACUAAGACUGACCCAGGGAGCGGGUCAGGACUCCACCUCAGAGAACACCCCAAGGAUGGUCCCUAUGUGGAGAACCUGUCGACGCACCUGGUUCAGAACUACACUGAUAUUGAGGAGCUAAUGCAUGCUGCGAAUGCCAAACUCAUCACGGCGAACACAGGCAUGAAUGACGUUAGCAGCCGAUCUCACUCCAUCUUCACCGUCAUCAUCACACAGGUUCGUUUUAAAGCAGUGCUGCCAUGUGAGACUGUGAGUAAGAUCCACCUGGUAGACUUGGCAGGCAGUGAGAGGACUGGUGCCAGACUGAAGGAAGGAGCCAACAUCAACAAGUCCCUGGUCACUCUGGGUAGUGUCAUCUCUGCUCUGGCUGAUACAUGUGUGACUGGAGAAGGGAGCUCCCACACAGGGAAGAUGAAGAAGCAGCUGUUUAUCCCCUACAGAGACUCUCUUCUUACCUGGCUCCUGAUGAAUAGCCUGGGGGGAAACUCCAAGACAAUCAUGAUAGCAACCAUUUCUCCUGCUGACGUGCACUACGGUGAGACACUGAGCACUUUGCGCUAUGCUAACCGAGCUAAGAACAUCGUUGACUGUGGGCUUGUUGACGAGGACAGUGGUGUUAAAGUCAUCAGAGAACUGCAGGAGGAGAUCGGUAGACUGAGAGGACUGAUGGAGAAUAACAUCCAGGAAGAGACUGUAGCUCUGAGGAAUGAGGGUAUCCGUGUAGUGUUGGACUCAGAACCACCUCAUCUAAUCAGCAUCGACGAUGACCUUCUCAGCACCGCCGUUAUUUUCUAUCAUUUAAAAGAAUGCAGGACGCUGGUGGGUCGACACGAGGCGCCGUCCAAUCAGGAUAUGGGUUCUGUCAUCCAGCUAAGGAGAGGAACGAUGUUCCAUUUCAACCAUCCUAAAGAGACUGUCCAACUCAGAGAGCAACGCAAGAGUGCCCUUCUCUCCAGUCGGUCCAUGGCGCACCUCUCCGAGCCCACAGAGAACCUGUCCAAGGAAAUGCUUUUCCAUUCCGGGAUGGAUGUGCUAGCUGCAGUAGGACUGACUGGAGUAACUAGACAACAGAGGAGCUCUGUGGUCUUGUCUCCACUAAAGACCUGUACGGUAAUGCAGGCUGAUGGGUGUACUGUGGAGCCUAACACGAGCCCAGGUGUCCUGUCAGGUCUCUCUUCUGACGGCUGCAGCAGGAGACUGUACAAGGCCGGAGCCUGUUACAGUGGCCCUGCAGAGACCUCAUUAGGUGCUGUUGUAUCCCACCUGCAGAGAGGAGACGAAGGAGAAAUAGAUGGAGGAACAGAGGAAGGAACGCACCACGCACACUUCCCACUGGCCAGCAGCAGCUCAACAUACACACAGACCUCUCGGUUUGACAAACACACUGCCUCUCUGUCCCAGACCGAACACACAGCCUCCCGGCUGGACAGGGACAGACACAGACGCAGCCAGGCGGUACGCGGCCUACCGCUAGCAGCAUUGGAGGGCCAGUUCAGUCGUUGCAUCAUGAAUUCAUCCAAGACCACGGUGGAGGGCUACGGAGACUAUUACAAGGAGGAGACCCAGGCUGGGGCUAGGAGAGAGGAGGUUAGCAGGGUGUCUAGGGGUGAGGAGGCCCAGGCUGGGGCUAGGAGAGAGGUUGAGAAGGUUAGCAGGGUGUCUAGGGGUGAGGAGACCCAGGCUGGGGCUAGGAGAGAGGAGGAGGUUGAGAAGGUUAGCAGGGUGUCUAGGGGUGAGGAGGCCCAGGCUGGGGCUAGGAGGGAGGAGGUUGAGCAGGUUAGCAGGGUGUCUAGGAGUGAGGAGGCCCAGGCUGGGGCUAGGAGGGAGGAGGAGGUUGAGCAGGUUAGCAGGGUGUCUAGGGGUGAGGAGGCCCAGGCUGGGGCUAGGAGGGAGGAGGAGGUUGAGCAGGUUAGCAGGGUGUCUAGGAGUGAGGAGGCCCAGGCUGGGGCUAGGAGGGAGGAGGUUGAGCAGGUUAGCAGGGUGUCUAGGGGUGAGGAGAACCAGGCUGGGGCUAGGAGGGAGGAGGAGGUUGAGCAGGUUAGCAGGGUGUCUAGGGGUGAGGAGAACCAGGCUGGGGCUAGGAGGGAGGAGGAGGUUGAGCAGGUUAGCAGGGUGUCUAGGGGUGAGGAGGCCCUGGCUGGGGCUAGGAGGGAGGAGGUUAGCAGGGUGUCUAGGGGUGAGGAGAACCAGGCUGGGGCUAGGAGGGAGGAGGAGGUUGAGCAGGUUAGCAGGGUGUCUAGGGGUGAGGAGGCCCUGGCUGGGGCUAGGAGGGAGGAGGAGGUUAGCAGGGUGUCUAGGGGUGAGGAGACCCAGGAUGAGAGCCAGUUCUCUGCUUCCGGGCUGGGUGCUCUGGUUAGCAGAGUAUCCCAGAUCUCUGGGCUUGGGGGGAAGCAUGAGCUAGACUCUCUGGGGGAAGAGAGCUCUAUCUCUGGGAUGGGUUCUGUGGUCAGCAGUGAAGUCUCUAUCUCUGGGAUGGGUUCUGUGGUCAGCAGUGAGGUCUCUAUCUCUGGGAUUGGUUCUGUGGUCAGCAGUGAGGUCUCAGUGAGGUUCCCGGACAUGUGGCGUCUCCUCCACAGCUCCCUCCCGAGAGUCCUGCAGCAGUUCUGGGACAGUACAGGAAUUCGUGGAGAUGGGGGAAUGGCUGGGAGUCUGCAACCUGGAGCUGUGGGAGGAGCCUGCUCCAGUUGGCCCAGUCAGGUUGUCUCAAUGGUGAGGGAGAGUCUGGUGCUGUCAGUGGUCAAAGACAGCCAGGUCUUCUCAUUGGUCAGAGAGAGUCACAUGUUCUCCUAUGUUAAAGACAGUCGGGUGUUCUCUAUAGUCAGUGAGCUGCCAUUGGUGCAACAGAUGAGCACUGAGCUAACUCAUGACUUCAGGAGCAUUCCCAUUGAGCUAACACAUGACUUCAGGAGCAUUCCCAUUGAGCUAACACAUGACUUCAGGAGCAUUCCCAUUGAGCUAACUCAUGACUUCAGGAGCAUUCCCAUUGAGCUAACUCAUGACUUCAGGAGCAUUCCCAUUGAGCUAACUCAUGACUUCAGGAGCAUUCCCAUUGAGCUAACUCGUGAUCUUCAACAAGUGGAGUCAACUGGAAUACAGCAGAGAGCUGCACCAAAAAUGAACCUCUCCCUUCUUACAACCCAGAAUACUGUCUUCAGCCCAGCACCAAGCCUGUACCCAGCCCAGAAUGCCACUGAGUUCCCACAUAGAGAGAACACUGGUAAAGAAGUGGAUUGGAGAACAGGGGAACAGAAUCCCAUCCGAGAACUGGAGUGGACUCCGGAAGGCAGACAGGAGGCUCCAUCUACGUCAGAGGUACAGAUUACAACCAAGGAGGAGCUGUGGUCACCAGAGGACCAGAUCAAGAUGGCGGAGGACCCACAGUGUGUCACCGAUGGCAGCAAACCACAGUCCCCUCCAGAGCAGGGGGACAAUGCCAGGUCUGCAGUUCCAGAGAAGAGCUCUGUUCCUGGGCAGGCGAAGCAGUGGACUGAGGGUGUCCAGGUAUAUUACCAGAGACUGAUGGAGUUCCCAGGGGCUCUGGUUCAACUCCAGUCCCUUCCUGUAUUCACCCUGCUGGCCUGUCUCCAGUCUGUUGUCCCCUCUGUCUUCACCUCGCAGAGACUCGUGGCUCUCUACUGGCUGGGUGUGGCCAACUGCAGCCAGCCCCACCCACACCCUUCUGUCGUCCUCUUAUUUGAGUCCUGCCUUUACGCCCUGACCUUUGACCCUGACAUGUCCGAUCAGACCACGCCUCUGACAGUGUUCCACCACCUCCCCCUGCUGCAGAUCAAGGAGAUCCAGGUUGGUUUUGGCGGUCAGAGUCUUCGUCUCACAGCCUCCACUAAGGAGAGUGUCCUGACCCUCUACACCCACAGCCAGACCCUCACCCAGGCCCUCACCCAGACCCUGCUAGGUGUGUUGUCCCCUGGGGACCAGCGAGUGGCUCACCACCCCUUCCUGAAGGAGGACCUGAUGGCGCUGUCUCUGGACUGGAAGGCCCAGGUACCUGACCUGCUGUUGGAUGCUGGGCUCAGGCUGUCUGGUCACUUCCACAAGACCCUAGCUGACCUGGUGUAUAUUCUGCACGGCAACAUGGACAGAGAGAAGCCUAGUCUGGGAGAUGUCAGACUGCUGCUCUACACUACCGUUGGUGUGACAACGACCCCUGACCCCAGACCUGACCCCUGGGCCCAGCUCUUCCUCACAGAGACACACCUGGGACUGGUGCAGGAGAAUGCAGUGUUCCACCCUGCUCCGCGCCACCUCCCCCUGCUGUCCCGACAAGCACAGUUCCAGGGGGUGUCCCUUCGGUGCCGCUCUGACAUCCGCUGUUUGAUGGUCGGAGAUUGGGCUGGGAGCUCCCCCGCUGUGGGGGGAGAUGGAGCUGGUGAUGAAGGCGGGGCAAUUAGACUGGACAUCAUCCUGUCUCGGAACCGGAGGACCAGGGGAGAGCGGUGGGACAGGCCUAGAGAACAGCCUGGAAGAAGUGCUGCUGCUGUGAGGACGGUAGGAAGGGUGGCUGAAGCUGCUAUCCUGUAUGCUGACUCUAAUUCAUGUCCUUCGCCGCAUCAGCAGGCUGAAGUGUGGAAAUUAAAUUUCAGCUGCUCGUCGGAGGCCGCCUGUCUGAUUAAUCACUUGUCAAACGUCUCAAUGGUCACUGAUCAAGGACUGGACAGACCGUAAUGGAACUAGAGCUUAGACAGGACCGGACUGGACAGAAGAACUGGUACCUAAUCCUCAUUGAGAGGAAGUCGAGGUGGCAGUACAGUCCAUCUCAAAACAUCAAAGAUGGAGAAUGUUUCUACUUUGGCACAACUAAAGGCCACUUUCCCCAAACACAGACUAAGAUGAGUCCAUGGACUUAUAAAAGCUUAAAAGACAAUCUCCUUGUACUUGAACUUUCAUCCAGGACUCUGGUGAAUCUGUGUCCAGGAAACAGGCCCGUAGAGUACAUGAAUAUAUAUGACUGUGUUUUGUUGUUCAACGUUUCCAUGCACUGAUUUCUAUGAAAUAUUCAUAUCCUAUUUUCCACGUCUUUCUGAAGUGCACUUUAUUUUUUGGUCUGCUGUUUUCCAUGUUGUGGUUUGGCUGUUUUUUCAUUCACUGUUCCUGUUUACACUGUCGCGGGACCCCAGGACACUUCAUUAGACAGAAUAUAGGCCAUUCUUUUUAAGGAUAGACAUGCAAAAGGGAACAAAUAAUUGCAGGCUAUGCCUUUUUUUUAAGCAUAUUUGCACUUCUGACCACACAAAAGACAUGUGUUUUUCCUCAAAUAUUUGUAAUGUUUGUGUUUUAUGGACAUAUGUAAACAUUUUUGUCUUUAAAUUACUUUAUGCCAAAUAAUAUUAUGCAAUCUAAUUCAUUAUAUUUGAAUUACUUGGUAGGUUCAGACACUUGUGUGUUUAAAAAUACGUGUGUUUAAAAUGGUCAUGUUUACGAUGCUGCAGGUGGAAAAGAUGUGUUUUUGUUUAGGUUUGUCAAGCAUUAAAAGUUAUACAACUUCUCUUA